CCCUCCCCCGUCUCACGGUUCCGUCUCGAGCGUCAAGAGCCCCCAAGAGCCGGGGAGCUCCAGGGGGCAGCGUACAGGCAAGCGAUGCCGCCGUGACCGCUGGAUGGAGCGCGGAGCCCUGAGGCUGUGAAGCUCGGUGGGCUAUGGGAUGGAUGAAGCUGAGCAGGACCAGUACGAAGCCCAUCUCAAAGAACUCUUUGACAGCUUCGAUGUCACUGGCACUGGCUCUCUGGGGCAGGAGGAACUGACCGAACUUUGCCACGUGUUGCAUCUGGACGAAGUGGCUCCGGGAGCAUUGCAAGAGACCCUUCUGCAGGACGGUCUCCCUAGGCAGGUCCACUUUGAUCAGUUUAAGGAUGCAUUAAUCCUCAUCUUGUCUAGCACAUUAACAAAUGAAGAGUCCUUCCAGCAACCAGAUUCUUCAUCUGAAGCCCAGCCCAAAUAUAUCAAAGAUGGAAAACGCUAUGGGAGGCGAUCCUUACCAGAGUUUCAGAAAUCUGUGGAGGAAUUUGCAGAGGUGACAGUGAUUGAGCCUUUGAACAAGGACGCCCACUCAUCCCAUCUCUCCAGCAAUGACUGUGAUGAGCAUUGGCAGUCCCAGGACAGUGAAGAAUAUGAAGCUGAAGGCCAGUUGCGGUUCUGGAAUCCUGAUGACUUGAAUGCAUCCCCAAACAUCUUCCCCUCUCAGGACUGGAUAGAAGAGAAGUUGCAUGUGAUUUGCAAGAAUCUUGGAAUCUCCCGAGAUGGUCACUUGAACAGAAAGAAGCUUGUCUCCAUUUGUGAGCAGUUUGGUUUGCAGAAUAUUGACACUCAGAUGCUGGAAGAAGUGUUUCGCAACCUCGACCACAACAAUGGUACCAUGAGCAUCGAAGACUUUUUCUACGGUUUGUUUAAAAUUGGGAAGCCUCUCCCACCUUCUGCCUCAACGCCAUACAGGCAAUUGAAACGGCAUCUUUCUAUGCAGGCCUUUGAUGGAAGUGGGAGACGUACCACCCCUCCAUCAGCAAUGACAAGUACAAUCAGCUUCCGUGUAUUUUCCAGCUUGGAUGAUGGGAUGGGUCAUGCUGCCGUGGAACAAAUUCUUGAUGCUUGGCAAGAACAAGGCAUCGAGAAUAGUCAGGAGAUCUUGAAGGCCUUAGAUUUCAGUUUGGAUGGAAAAAUUAACCUGGCUGAACUCACUUUUGCCCUGGAAAACGAGCUUCUCAUAGCAAAGAAUGGGAUAUAUCAAGCAGCACUGGCUGCUUUCAAAAUGGAGAUUCGGCAUUUGAUGGAACGGGCUGAUCUAGUUCUAAGGGAAAAGGAGAAACUGCGUCUGGAUUUGGAGAAAGUGGAGAAACGAGCAUCACUAAUGGCCACCGAAGUGGAUGACCAUCAUGCUGCCAUUGAACGCCAAAAUGAAUACAAUCUAAGCAAGCUGGAUGAGGAGUACAAGGAACGUGUUGCAGCUCUCAAAACAGAGCUUCAGAAAGAUCGUGAGCGAAUACAGCAGCAGGCCAGCAAGCAACAAGCAGAACUGGAGCAGGAGAUAGAGAAGAUGAAAACCGAAGAGAAUUAUCUCCAGGACCGCCUUGCUUUGACACUGAAGGAAAAUAGUCGCUUAGAGCAUGAGCUCCUGGAAACUGGAGAGAAGUUGGUGAAGUACGAAAGCAUGAUGAGCAAAUUGCAGAAUAAUUGGGAAAACGUCUUAGCAGAGAAGUUUGGAGACCUAGAUCCUGCCAGUGCAGAGUUCUUCCUGCAGGAGGAGCGGCUGAUUCAGAUGAAGAACAAAUACGAACAGCAGUGCAGGGAACUUCAAGAUCACAUAGAUGAGCUUCAGUCUCAGCUGGAAGAGUAUCAGAUACAAGACAGAGUUAUCCGACCUUCACUGCAAAACUCUCUCUAUGAGGAACUAAAUGAUGGUGGAGUGCAAUGUAGUCAAGAGCCUGCUUCUGAGGACUGCAACCCACUAAACAUGAGCAUAGAAGCUGAAAUAAUUAUUGAACAACUGAAGGAUCGACAUCACCAGGAUAUCUACAACUUGCAGCAGGAGCUUGACAACACGGUAUGUCAUUAUGAGAAGCAGCUUGAGGAGACCAAGGCCAACUGUGAGAAGGGACAAGAGAACCUCCAGCAGAAGUACUGUCAGGAGAGAGAAGUGUUAGAAGAACAAAUUGAGUGUCUGCAAACGCAGGUUUCUGAGCUUCAGGGACAACUGGCAAGAUUGAGGCAGGCCAGCUCCCAGCAGAGUGUGGAAGAGAACAGUCUCCAGAUAUGCAUGGAUGAAAAGGCUAGCCUUAUGGAAUCCCUGAAAAUCAGUCAUGAGAGGGAGCUCCAGGCCCGACUGAAAGAAGCAGAAGAAAAUUUUAGUCACGAGAAGAAAGAGUUGAUUCAAUCUAAAGUUUGGUUGGAAGAAAGAAUGAGAGCUUUAGCACAGACCAUCCAAGAAGAAAAAAUGGAGCUAGAAAAUGGGCUCCAUGAGAAGUUGCAAAGGCUGAUGGAGAAGCAUGCCCUGGAGAUGGAUCAGCUCCAACAAGAGCUACUAAGAGUGCAUCAGCAAGAGCUCCAGGAACAAAAGAUAAAAAUGGAAAAAGAGUAUAAUGGAAGAAUAUUUCAGAGAGAGGAAUGGUCCACCGUUGAACAACAAGCACUUGCAAGAAAGUAUGAGGAAACCAUAAACAAACUUGAGGAUCAGCACCAACAAGAAUUGCUUAAGCUCUCUAGGCUGCAGUUAGAUGAGAAAUCCCAGUGGGAAUCUGAAAAAGAUGAAAUUCUCCAGGAAGGCAUUGAGGUCCAGGAGAAAUGGAAAGAAAUGCUGGAGAAGGAGAAGGCAAUCUCUUCAUUACUGGCACAAGACAAGACAUUUCUAGAGAUGAAUUACAAGGAACACGUGAACUUGUUGACCUUGGAGAAAAAGCAACUUCAACAAGGGGUACAGGAUAUGAAAAAGCAAGAAAAUGAGUUGUGUGAGAAACUUCUAAAGAUUCAAUCCAGCCAUGAGAUGGAGCUAAAGAAAAGAGAGGAAGAAAUGUCAACAUUGGAAGAAGAACGAAAGCGACUUAGCCAAAAGCUUGCAAGACUAGAAAAAGAAUUUGUGUGUGAGCAAGAAGAGCAGAAUUCAAAGGUGAUCACUUUGGAGUAUUUGAAGGAAGAGAUGCUCAGCAGAGCAAGGGAAGAAAAAAAUGAGUUAAAGUCAAAGGUCUCAGUGCUUGAAAAUAAAAUAGAAGAUCUACAGCAAGAAUUGCAAUGUCACUACAAACCGCAAAGCAAUCUUGUUUCUUUGAACAAGGAUGAAGAAGCAAAAAGAAGUGAUUUUCCAGGACCUGUCAAGUCCCAGGAAUCUGGAAAGGAGAUAGAUGUUCUUUCAAAACAAGAAAAAGUUCAAGAGCCAGGAGAAGAAAACAGUGUAGAAGCUACACUUCUGAUGGAUGAAUCUCUGAAAGAACCAGAGAGAGAAUCAACCCAGUCCCCUGGGUUCAUCCCAUUAGUUCCAGAAAUGUUUGUGGAUGCUCAACUCCUAAAUGUGACUGACAAAGACAGCAGUCAAGUUGUAACAGAAGAUGGAAUGAAAAAAUUAGACAAGAUUACAACUCCAAUCAUGAAAAAUGGAGGGACAACAGUUGAAGAAAUGACGGAGACUUCACAUGUCUUGCAGAAAGCCUAUGAAGAGAUUUGGGCAGAAAAUGAAGCCCUUAAACUGCGACAGAAUCAGCUUCUGGAGAGGAUCAUUCUGCUAGAGGCUGAAUGCAGUCAAGCUGCUCAUGAUCGACAAGACAUGGCUUCACAGGUUCAGAAGGAGCUUGAGGAGAUCCUUAAAACUAUUCCCCAGCCUAAUGUGUUGCCAUGUGGAAGUGAUGAGAAGGGGGGAAGUUUCCAUUGGGAAACAACUGAUGCUGGAAAAUUGCCUACUGUUUGUGCAACAAAAAAACAAAUGCUCUUUGCUGAAGCUUUGGAUGCUGAUUUAAGUGUUGAGGAGAUGAGUGCCUAUUCUUUUCUAUUUGAGGCAGAUCAUGGAGAAGUUAGAACUGACAAGGGAGACCUGCAUGAUGUAGUAUCAGAAUUUUGGGAUAUGGAUAUAAAGAAAGAUGCAGACUCCAGAAUAGGACCUAAAUUUCUCCAAUUUCCAGAAGAACUCAAGCUGGAAAACCAAGCCCUAAAAACAGAGAUAAUCAAAUUGCUAGAACGGAACAAUAAACUGGAGGGAUACCUGCCAAUAUUGAUAAGCCUGCAGUCCAGAAUGGAUGAAAUCAACCAAGACUGCUUAACACUUAAAGAGGAAAAAGGACAACUGCUGGAGAAAGUGAAAGACCUGGAAAAGAAACAAGACCAGUUGGUGAUGGAAAAUGCCAAUCUGCAGACUUCCAAGCUGAUUUUGCAAAGCCAGCUUGGCAAACUAGAUGAGCUCAUGCUGAAUCUGCAACCCCAGAAGAGUGGACGGCUGGGCCGUUGUGAGAAUGUUACCAAGGAUGCAGAGGUGGAGAAGAAAGGGCUUCAUGAACUGAACAGGAAGCUCAAAGAGAAAAUAGCCGUGCUCCUGAAGCAGAAAGGCUCACAUACUCAGGAGAAAGAUAGCUUGAAUGCUGCCCUUCAUGGUUUGCAGAGCACCUACAACGAGCAGCUUCAGAAGAUUGAGCUUUUGAGAUGUGAGGUGGAGCAUCUCAGAGAGGAGAAUGCUGCUUUGAAGAAUGAGAUCGCCUUAUUAAAUGAAAAAGGAAGCAUUUCCAACAUGCGACUGAGGGAGCUUAAUGGGUCUCAUGAAGAGCUCUGGCAAAAAACAGAGGCGGUACUGAAGGAGAAAGUGUCAGUGCAGAAGAUGGCUGAAAGCCUGAAGAAGCAGGUAUCUGAACUGAAAGCCAGGAAUCAGCAACUAGAAUUGGAAAACGCUGAACUUGGCCAUCGAAACUCUCCAAACCCGGCAGAUGUGCAAGAUUGUAACCAGCAAUUUAUGAAAGCAUUUCGACAAAAGGAAAAGGAGGCAAGGAAAUAUGUGUCAGAAGAAUGGGAAAGAGAGAAUUCCCAGCUCAGAGAAGAAUUGGAGAACUCUAAAAUUCAGUCCUCAUCACUGGUCUCAUCCUUGGAAACAGAGCUGGCUCAGCUCAGAAUUCAGGCUCAUGCUCUGGAGCAGGAGAACCAUUUCCUCAAGGAAGAACUGGCGAAUGUGAAACAGCUACCGAGUUGCCUGGAUCUCUCUGAGCUGGAGAAUGAGAUUUCCAGUGUCAUCAUUAAAAAUGAGAAGCUACUGAAAGAGAAAGAAGCCCUCAGUGAAGAGCUGAACCAGUGCAUAGAGAAGGCAGCUAAAGUGGCCUUCCUAGAGAGCCUCACUGCUUCCUUGAAACAGGAGAAAUCAUCUUUGGAGCACCAGAAUCAGUGUCUGAAAGCACAAAUGGCAGUGUCACAAGACAAGAUUCAGAGUUUCGAUGAAGUUGUGCAAAACAUCAGCCUUCAGAUAUCCAGGCUCAAAUCAGACCUGAAGGUCACUCAGGAGGAAAAAGAGAAUCUGAAACAAGAAGUGAUGCUAUUGAAUAAGCAACUGCAAAUGGCCAAUGAGAAGAGUCGGUUCCUGGAAGUAGCUAUGCAUACAUCAGGGCUACCGAACCAGCAGAAGAAGCUUUGUUGGGAUGAACUGGAUCAGCUGGUCAAGCAGGAGCAGCACCUUUUAAGGCAGGAGAAUGAGCGACUGCAGAGGGAAUUCCAGGGUGCCAAAUCAGAGCUAGCUCAUUCUAGGGAGAAGAUACAGCAGCUGGAAUCUACUAUUCUGACCAUGAAGCAACAAAAACGCCAAAGCCAGUCAGGGAUUGUGAAAGUCAUUGAGCAAGAGAAGCUGAAUGUGAAGGAAUGUGAGCGGCUGCAGAAGGAGCUCGCUUUGGCCAGCAAGAAGCUGCUUCACUCAAACUCCAGCACGAUGCUUAGCCUGCCCCAGCAUCCUCGCGAACUGCAGGAGAUCCAGCAGCAAGGAUGCCCUGUUGUCCCAUCUGAACAGUACCAACAGCUGCAGCACCAGUUCCUACAGGCCGAGAGGAGGUGUCAACGCCUGCAGGAGGAGCUUGAGAACCGGCCCUUGGAAACAAACAUGCCCCAGGGUGGAUGUGAGCAGCUACUACAGACUAUGGAGAAACGCAUGAUGGAUGUUGAGCAACAAUUGAGGCUUGUGAAACAGCUUCUCCAAGAUAAAGUCAAUCAGCUGAAAGAACAGCUUGUAAAAAACACAAAAGCUGAUGAAAUGGUGAAGGAUCUCUAUGUUGAGAAUGCUCAGCUGCUAAAAGCUCUGGAGAUGACGGAACGGAGACAGAAGAUGGAAGAGAAGAAGAACUAUCUGCUAGAAGAAAAAAUAGCCAAUCUUGGCAGGAUAGUCAAGAAUCUGACCUCCAGUGUAGGGUCAGCAGCUCAGCUAGGAUCUUAAAGCCUUUCUCUAUUUGCAUUCAACUAUGGU